UUCCGAAAAGUGUUGUUUCCCUACCUUCAAAAGGUUUUAACUGGUUUUUUUCUUCAAUGCGAGUGUUUCUCUGGUCCAAAAGUGUAGUAUCGAGAAGCUGUUCUUAAAUUUCUCUUGUUUCAGAAAGAGUAGCGGAAUUUGACCGGCAUUUCUGGAAUAUACGAAGUUUUUAUAUUUUUUCUUGGGCCAAUGGUGAUCUUUUGCUGUUUUUCUUUGGAGCAUAUUAGCGGUUCUACAGAUGCAGAUCUCCGAUGAAAUCAGCAUGGGCAUAUAGCUUUAUCGGGGAAUGAGCGAUUCCUAGCGGCGAAUUUUGGCGUCUUGAAUGAUUGUUUUUCUUUGAAAGCCUUGGUGUUUUGCCUGGCUGUUGCAGCAAAACCUUUUUUUUUUUCUUUUUCUGUUGGGAAAAGAUGGGGUUGAGGAAACCAGUAUUAUUCUUGCUGUUCGUCACGGUUCUUGCACCGAUUGUUCUUUAUACAGACAGGCUUGGAAGCUUCACAAUUUCGUCCUCUAGAAGCGAAUUUAUUGAAAAUUUUUCGACUCUCACUUUCAGUAGUGAAACCAGACAGCAAUUAAAUGUGCUCCCCCAAGAACCCCAUAAUAAAUUGAAAGAACCGAUUGGAUUGGUUUUUGCGAACAAUUCGAGCAAUUCUGUUUUAAGUUCUGAUGGAUUGGCCGAAGAGCACCCCGUCAAACACCUCGAUUCAGCCCUCGAAGAAUUUCCAUUGGCAGACUCGAGGGAGCAUAAAACCAGAGUAUUAUCCAUGACUGACGAAGGGAACCGGUCAGAAAUGGAAAACCCCAUCAAGCAGGUAACUGAUGGAUCUCAAGCAAAGAACGGGAGCGAUGGUUCACAGAAAUUUGAGUCAACUGGGGAUACGAAAACCCAGGAAGAACGAGGGAAAAGAGAAAAUGAAGAGAAGUCAAAGUUAUCUGAGCAGAUGUCCAAUGACAGUUCUGAGAAUAUGGAAAAUGUAAAUAAGCAACGAUCUGCAAAAACCUCUGCUCAUGUAAAGGCAAAACCGAAGCAACAGAUUGACCAAACAGUUAUGCCAGAUGUACGUGUCCGGCAGCUUAAAGAUCAGUUGAUCAGGGCAAGGGUUUACCUUGGGCUUAGUGCUACUCGAAACAACCCCGACUUCAUAAAGGAGCUUCGGUUGCGGAUGAAAGAAAUUCAAAGAGCACUUGGUGAUGCAACCAAGGAUUCCCAGCUCUCUAGGAAUGCCUAUGACAAACUGAAGGCAAUGGAGCAAGUAUUGGCUAAGGGUAAGCAAAUUCAAGAUGACUGUGCAGCUAUAGUAAAGAAGCUUCGUGCUAUACUUCACUCAACAGAAGAGCAGCUCAAAGCAUACAAGAAGCAAACCAUGUUCCUGACACAACUUGCAGCAAAGACCCUUCCAAAGGGUCUUCACUGCCUCCCUUUACGCCUCUCAACUGAAUACUAUUCCCUGAAUUCUAGCCAACAGCAGUUUCCGAAUCAAGAGAAACUAGAAGACGCGAUGCUGUACCACUAUGCUAUAUUUUCGGACAACAUAUUGGCAACUGCGGUUGUUGUAAACUCAACUAUUUCCAACGCAAAGGAGCCAGAGAACCAUGUUUUCCACAUUGUAACUGACAGGCUUAAUUAUGCUGCAAUGAGGAUGUGGUUUCUAGCUAAUCCACCAGGCAAAGCUACAAUCCAGGUUGAGAACAUUGAAGAUUUCACAUGGCUAAAUUCAAGUUAUAGUCCAGUUCUCAAGCAGCUUGGUUCUCCAUCUAUGAUAGAUUAUUACUUCAAGAAUCACCACUCAAAUUCUGAUUCAAAUUUGAAAUUUCGUAACCCCAAAUACCUAUCAAUCUUAAACCAUCUUAGAUUUUACUUACCAGAGAUCUUCCCAAAUCUCAGUAAAUUGCUAUUCUUAGAUGAUGAUAUUGUAGUACAGAAGGAUCUCACUGGCCUUUGGUCACUAGAUUUGAAAGGAAAAGUUAAUGGAGCAGUUGAGACAUGUGGUGAGAGUUUCCACCGGUUUGAUCAUUAUCUCAACUUCUCAAAUCCACUAAUUUCUAAGAACUUCGAUCCUCAUGCUUGUGGAUGGGCAUAUGGAAUGAAUAUAUUUGAUCUGGAUGAAUGGAAAAAGCAGAACAUAACAGAGGUGUACCACACAUGGCAGAAACUGAACCAGGACAGACAGUUGUGGAAGUUGGGAACCCUUCCACCUGGUCUGAUAACAUUUUGGAAUCGUACGUUUGCUCUUGAUAGGUCUUGGCAUGCCCUGGGUCUUGGCUACAAUCCAAAUAUUAAUCUGGAGGAGAUUGAGCAAGCAGCUGUUAUUCACUAUAAUGGAAACAUGAAACCAUGGCUUGAGAUAGGCUUGCCUCAGUACCGAAACUACUGGGCCAAAUUUGUCAACUAUGAUGAAGUCUAUCUGCGAGAGUGCAACAUCAAUUCAUAAGCUGAUAAGCAGCUCGGCCCUAUGUAUGGUACUUUCAACCUUCAAAAAUUCAUUUUUCCACGCCAAUUAUUUCAUCUCUCUGUUACAUUGCUCCUGCUUAAGAAGCUGUUAGUUUGAUUCUUUAUUCUGCGCAAACCUUCUCCAAUGGAACCCACCCCAGUUAGUGAUACUUUCUCAAUCAACUCUCUUUGGUUCCAUCUGGCAAAGGUGCCAGAUGCAUAUUUUGUACAUGUCUCAAGAGAUUAGUGAGUAAACUUCUACAGUGUAUCUUUUGCUUUGUUUUUUAGGCUGCAUUUGGCAUUCCUUAUUUUAAGGACUUAUUUCCUUUUUACAGUUAAGAUGCCCCUAUGAACACUUAAAUGCAGAAAAGGAUAAGUCCUUAAAAUGCAGCCUUAAUCUUCUUAGAAGUUGUCAUGUAAAUGUGAUUUUCAGUAAAUAUUUUUGAUAAUUAUUCUCUUA